UGCGUGCUGGCAACCCCGAUACGAGGUCUAGAUCGCCAGGGAACCCGCGCGGCGCCAGUCACCCUUGGGCGUGCGAAGCCUGAUGCCAGAGGGCUUGCGUGUCUGAGUCUCGGGCGAUGAAGCUGGUUCUCGUGGCUGUCGCGGCUCUGCUUGCCGGCGGCGGGGCGGUGGACCCCCUGAACAUCGUCGGCCAGCUGACGGUGUCGGAGCUGACGCAAGUCAUCAACGACAUCAUGGAGGAAGUGAUGACUAGAGUGAUGACAAAAACACUUCCUUCUGUGCAGAAGAAAGCGGUGCAAAACGAUGGAGUUGCACUGCAUCCCAACUGCUCUGACAACAACGUGUACAACGGCUGCGGUCUCGUCGUGCAGUACGGGUUGUGCAACAAAGCGGCUUACUACGCACGUUAUUGCUGCCGCUCCUGCACUCUCGCCAACCAGAUUCCUCUGUACGGGCAGCACCUGCUCAACAAUGCUGAAGCUCCUGUCGAGGCCAAAGUGACGACAACAAGCACGAGUGUCCAGCUGGGAUCCGAGGUGACAAUAUCUUGCCAUGCCAGUGGUUACCCCGAACCGGACGUGGCCUGGUUCAAAGGGAACAGCCUCAUCCGACUCUCCAAUAAAUACGCCUUAGGUGUGAGUGCGGCGCUGAACCCUCUCGUACAACGACCAAGAUCCGACCUCACUAUAAAGGACUUUGUGAGGGAGGACGCUGACACGUACCUCUGUGUGGCGGUGAACCAGGCUGGGAGGAACAUCAGCAGCAUUGAUUUGAGAGCGGAAGCCCCUAUCCAAGCUCGCAUCACGUCAAGGGACCAGCUGUAUCCGGCCGGGGUCGAUGUGACUCUGAAGUGCCAGGCCAAGGGCUACCAAACACCUGGUAUCGCGUGGUACAAGAACUUCGAGGCGAUUGUAGAGUCUGAGAAAUACUUGAGGAAAGAAAACGGUUCGGUGGAUCGACUACUAACGACAGUGGUGGACACACUCACCAUCAAAAACGCCGACGAGAGCGACAGUGGGAGCUAUAUCUGCAACGCGACGAACGAAGCCGGGUCCGACACCAGCCAGAUAAGGGUCAAGGUGACAGAUGUUACAAUUCAUCCCAACUGCACCGACGUGAUUGACCACGAUGACUGCGUGAGGUACCUGAGUACUGAGUGCAGCGUCACCGAUUACAUUGCGAGGUUUUGCUGUCGUACCUGCACUCUCGUGGAACACUUGCCUGCCCAUGGACCACACCUUCUAAAUACAGCCAAAGGUAAUGUAACGUCUAUAUAG